AUCUUUGCUCUUCCUAUAAAUACAUUAACCAUUGCCAUUGUUCUGCAUACUCUGUUCUCUCUUUUCUACGUGUAACCAUGGCACUCACACGUGCCAUCUUGGUGCUAGCCAUUUUCUUCACUCUGGUAGCAAUAUCGACGUCUCAAGCUCCCUCUCCUGCACCUACAUCUUUCACUCUCCCCUCGCAAAUGUCCCCAACCACCUCACCAACUCCUACACCUUCCCAAAGCCCAAGCCCAAGCCCAGGCCCAUCCACCACUUCAUCGCCGCCUUCACCUUUUACUCUCUCUCCUAUUUCACCCUCACCCACUCCAUCUCCUUCAUCAGCAUCUGCUGAUUAUGUGCCUGCAAGACCCAGCAACGCGUUUCUUCGUGGAACCAGCUUCUUCAUGCUACCUUCACCCAUUUUCGCGGCUGCUGCAAUGCUUCUUCUCUGAGCUAACACAUACUCGUUCACUCAACUCUGUGUAGGCUUGAAUCAAUAACUGAGACAUGAUUUUUGUUCUGUUCUUUAUAAGCUACUCUGCUAUUUUAUUCUGUAGAUGAUUCUUGGAUAAUAAGUUGGUAUUUGCUAAUUACUAUAUCGUACGAGUAUUGUACGAUUUAUGAUGCCACUCAAAAUUUACGAUUUUACCUACGAAUGC